AGGAAAACAAACAGGAGAGGAGAGGAAACGAGCAGCAGCAGGCAGUUUGCUGGCUCCCGUAUUCCUCGGGGAAUUUUUAUAUAAUUUAUAUCCGAUUUUGUAACAAAGUACCGUCGGGUUUCUGAGAACAUUUGACUAUUUUCAUACGCCGGUUUUGAGAUUUUAUAUCACCCUGGCGAGGAUUGGCAGUAGCUCACUAGCUUGCAAACACUGGGAACACGAUUUCCCUUCCUCGUUAAAGACUCAGAAUAACAUACCAAAACGAGACUUUUUUUUACAUAGUAUAUUUAAUUUAUUUAUUGUAUUGAUAACCGAAGCACUGUCUUCCGUGUGUUUGCUGCAGCUAACGUUAAACGCUAUAGAGAGCACAGGUAGCGAUAAGGUGCACGACAGUCAGCCUCAGGAAAGAAUGACGGCUGUUCAGCUAAUGAAUAUCCAGCGAUUAUUGGAAGCCGCGGAAUAUCUCGAAAGGAGAGAAAGAGAGUGUGAACACGGAUAUGCUUCGACGUUUCCGUCAAGUCAGAACACAAACUAUCAGAGGCAAAGGAAAUUCCGGAAUAAGAAAUUCAACAGCAACCACAAUAGGUCCACACAUAAUGAGCUGGAGAAGAAUAGACGAGCUCACCUGCGGCUGUGUCUGGAGCGAUUGAAGGCUCUCAUCCCACUGGGCCCGGACUGCACUCGCCACACCACUCUGGGCCUGCUCAACAAAGCCAAAGCACAUAUAAAGAAACUUGAAGAAGCGGACAGGAAGAGCCAGUACCAGCUGGAGUCUCUGGAACGCGAGCAGAGGCACCUCCAGCGCCAAUUGGAGCUGCUGAGAGGAGGCGGCAGCAUGGAGGGAGAGAGGAUACGCAUGGAUAGCGUGGGCUCCACCCUCGGCUCUGAUCGUUCUGACUCCGACCAAGAGGAGAUUGAGGUGGACGUGGAAAGCACGGAGUUCUCCCAUGGAGAGCUGGACAGUGUGAGCACAGCCAGCACCAGCGACCUGGAUGACCACAGCAGCCUGCAGAGCAUGGCCAGCGACGAGGGCUACUCCUCCUGCAGUGUCAAACUUGCCUUCUCCUCCUAGAGGCUCCGCACCCACCAUCACUACCACCACCGCUAACACCUCCUCCUCUUUCUCCCACUUGGCCAAAUGCCUGCCCUCCCAUCUGGUAUAUCCGUGCACCCACCCGGCCCUGCCCACGGGCAUCCUUUCACCUUCGUCACACCCACUUGCAGCAUCUCCCUUGCCCUUCAGCAGCCUCCUGCUGCUCCUCCAUGCAGCUGAAAACCCCAAAGGAGGAGCUCUGACCAUUAAAUCCAAGACACCUGCAAUUUGGUUUUAAUCAUUUUUAAGACGAGUUCUCUUUAAAAAGAGAUAUGGAAAAGUACUCCCUAGAUUUUUAAACCCACCCAAUUUGAAAUGAUUGCGUUUCCUUGUAUUGUCUUCGAAAUAUCCAACCCCUAAUAUAUCCUAAAAAUGCACUUAAACUCAUUUCACAGUUCCAUGAUAACUCCAAUUUGGUGUCUCUAUGGUGUUCAUGCGUGGGUGUGUCAGCCGGGCCCCUGGCUGGAAGGGAAGCACACGGAAUGGCGACAUCAUCUGACGCCCCCCCUACGCCACCACUUUAACUCUCGUCUUUCCUUGGGACACGUGACUCGGUGCUAUUGUGAUGUUACACCAACAGGGAUGCAGACGGGACACACAACAGCAAAAGUGGCUCUGCUUCCAAGCUAGCACGGACCAAGACGACAGCAAAAUUAUUAUUUCUGUUGAAUGUGGGUGCUCGGUGUGUGUGCCCCCCCACCCCCCACCCCCCACACCUCGCCUCUCCACAGGCUAUCCUGCACUUAAAUACUUUCCAGCUGUCCAUAGACGCGGCACAAAACCUUCAAACUACAGCAACAAACAAACUUUUGAAAAGACGUCAACCUUCUUUCCAGCAGUAACAAGCAAUAACUCUUCAAGUCAUCACUUCACACUUAGUCAUCUUUCUCCCUUGUGACCGUCCAAAAAGAAACAAAUUCACAUUUAUUUUUUUUGUACAUACAAAUAGCUUAAUAAAUUAAUGUUAAAAAUGAGUUGGACAAAAAAAAAAAGGUAGAGCUCAUGGAUAGAACUUUUGCCUCUGUUGCUGACUUGUGUUUAUUGUGCAUUUGAAACUCCAUAUAUGGAGGCGCAGUGGGCGUGGUUUUGGACACUUUGUUGCUGGUUGACAUCCUCAAGUUACUAAUUGUGUUGCUGUCAUGUGUUGAAAAAGUUCUGCAAUGGAGGAUGCAGCGUUUAAUUUAUUACUACACAUGAUAUUCUCUUGGAGUGUAUGCUUGUGUGUGUGUGUGUGUGUGUGUGUGUGUGCGUAUGGGAUUCCACUGGUGGUCAGAUGAUCGGUGGAGGAUGAAAAGAAACGGGUUGUUUUGAUGUCGCCCCAACUCCACUGGCAUUAAGAAUUGCACUUCACCCACAGUUGAUUUUAUUUGUUUUGUAUUUCCUGCCAUCUUUUUAUUUUCCAGCUCAUGAAUGAAUAGGUGCUGCACGGCGAAUGAGUGGUUAGCGCGCAGGCCUCACAGCUAGGAGACCCAAGUUCGAUUCCGAGUUUGCAUGUUCUCCCUGUGCAUGCGUGGGUUUUCUCUGGGUACUCCGGUUUCCUCCCACAUUCCAAAAACAUGCUAGGUUAAUUGGCGACUCCAAAUUGUCCAUAGGUAUGAAUGUGAGUGUGAAUGGUUGUUUGUCUAUAUGUGCCCUGUGAUUGGCUAGCGACCAGUCCUGGGUCUACCCCGCCUCUCGCCGGAAGACAGCUGGGAUAGGCUCCAGCACGACCGCAACCCUCGUGAGGAUAAGCGGUAGAAAAUGGAUGAAUGAAUAAUGUGAGAAAUGUGGAAUAUUUAUUUCUCCAUCCCUCAAUAAACAGACAAAACGAGGGGUAAAAGUUAACUUAUUUUUUGUCCUGUCUUACUUUAAUUUUUCUCCCCCUCAUUUCUUAUUUUAACAACUGUGUAUGUGUGUGUGUGGGGAGGGGGGUAACAUAAUGUAGCCAUUUUCUUUUGGUUUGGAUGUUUUAUUCAAUGGACACUUGAAAUGUAAAAAGGCCCCUAAGCUGCUCUUAGUUGCUGAGCCUGUUGUCGAGUCACCUGUCCUGUUUGGAUGUUGACCCCCCCCACCUUAUACGACUCACAUCUAUGUUUUCAACCACUGGAUGGGCUUCCCUCCAAACCAAGCCUGCCAAUCCAAUUGAGAAUAUUUUCCUCUUGUGUGUGGGGGCGUGAUGGGGUCAUCACCACUGGCAGAUCUUGAGCCAGCUUCUACCCAAACUGGGGUCUAAAAAAAAAAAAAAUAAGCCACUGUCCUCUUGUAGGAGGAUUGUAGUCUACUUACUAGACGUGUGUUUUAGUUGACAACGUGUGUCUUACAUUUUACAAGCCCUACAUAAGGACGAGAACAACUCCUUUGGCUUCUCUGAAGGUUGUAGUCGACUUUGAGGUUGUUGGCACUGAAUCAGAAAGUGACCACUUUUGGUGCUCAAGCCUAAAAAGAAGAAAUGCCAAAACCACGUCCGAACACCUCAGUGUCUCUCAGUGCUCUCUCUCGCUUGCUUUGAGGGAAAGUUUACAUUCUGCCCCCUUUUUUGUUUCCAUGUCCUUAUGUUGCUUUCAUCAACCUGCACUGCGUCGCACAUCUUCAGCUGACUCUCUUGAGUGUGUGUGGUCAACUUUUCCAGCCGACCUGAGCUGUUUUUAACAGUCUAGGCCAAGCCCAGGCGAAGUAGAUGUUGCAGUGUUUGCAGCGGGGUUGUUCAUGUUUUUUUUUUUUUUUUUUGUGGAAACCACACUCCAUUCCAGUGUCGAUGAGGAAAACGGGUCCAUGAGGUGAAGUUAAAGGCAACCAAACGAGUCCCUUGUGGGGAGUCGUCCUGUUGUUCUGAACCUGUGAUCAUCCUUUGUAAAACAUGCGCUCUGAUGAACGUGUUCUGUUGCAAAGUUGGAAAUGCAAUACUUACAAUAAAAACAUUUUCAAACCUGAUCCAUUGACUCCACCUGAAAGUACUCUCACAUAUUAUCUAGCUCCAA